UAUUAUCACGUUUACCCAGGAAAUUGAUUCACUUUUAAUCUUUGAAAAAACUAGUUAUAAUAUUAUAACAAAAUGGUGCCUUUAACAAUAGCAGAACCCGUCGUGCGUUCUUUUAUUUUCUACUCUGCCCUUUUGGGUUUGAAAAUGUUGUUCAUGUCAUUUUUAACCGGAAAACAAAGAUCCAGCAAAAACGUAUUCGCCAACGAGGAAGACGCGAAGGCGAAGAAGGGUGUUGUGAAAUAUGACGACCCAGACGUCGAGAGAGUUCGGCGGGCGCAUUUGAACGACCUUGAGAAUAUCCCCGUUUUCUGGGUCCUGGGAGCAUUGUACUUGACCACAGGUCCGUCUGCAGCUAUAGCAGUAACGUUAUUCCGAGUGGUAGCCGUAUGCCGCAUUUUACAUACAAUAGUAUAUGCUGUUAAGCCCAUACCCCCACCGGCUCGGGGCAUUGCAUUUGGAAUCCCUUAUUUAGUCUCGCUGUACAUGGGGGCAAACGUCGUCUUAUACUACCUGCUGGACAUGUAAAUUUGCAAUCCCGCCGUGCGAUCUUUUAUUUUCUAUUCUGCCGUUUUGGGUUUGAAAAUGUUUUUCGUGACAUAUUUAACUGCGAGACAAAGGUACAGCAAAAACGUAUUCGCCAACGAGGAAGACGCAAAGGCGAAGAAGGGUGUUGUGAAAUAUAACGACCCAGACGUCGAGAGAGUUCGGCGGGCGCAUUUGAAUGACCUUGAGAAUAUCCCCGUUUUCUGGGUCCUGGGAGCAUUGUACUUGACUACAGGUCCGUCUGCAGCUAUAGCAGUAACGUUAUUCCGAGUGGUAGCCGUAUGUCGCAUUUUACAUACAAUAGUAUAUGCUGUUAAGCCCAUACCUCCACCGGCUCGGGGCAUUGCAUUUGGAAUCCCUUAUUUAGUCUCGCUGUACAUGGGGGCAAACGUCGUCUUAUACUACCUGCUGGACAUGUAAAUUUGCAGUCGAAAACGGUGAAAGAGCCUUUGUAAAACAUGUGCUUUGUGAUGUAUGUAUUUGUAUUCUAGAGCUCUGUGCUAAAAUUGUGGGGUAUUUUUUGUGUAAGAAAAGAUUUUGUUUUAUAUUAUU